AUCCCCACUGUUUUUUCUUUUCCUUUUGGCCACUCUUUGAUUUCUUUUUUCAAUUCUAUUGCGGGUGGAGACUUUUUGGUUUGGCCGCAAUCCACCACCCCAUUCCUAUCCAUCCUCCUUCAGCUUCUUCUUUCUUCUCCUCCUCCUCCUUGACUGUCCUAACAAAAAAAUCGAUUUUUUGUUCUCCUCUUGAUGGUUGCUGCGACCUUCGAUGUCCCUAUGCGGAAUGAAAUCUCCUGCUGGGGCGGCUAAAAAUCGGAGAUUUUCUGUCUUUUUGAUCCGUCUUUAGUGGAGCUUUUUGAGCCUGAUUUAUGCGAUGGGCUUCUUGGCGUGCUUGUUCCCAUGUCCUCAAGAGGUGAGAGAUGAGGAUGAGGAACCAAGAAGCGGCCAGAGAGUCAGCUCAGUGGAAUAUUCAAAGUCGUCAGAGAGUUGCCCACUGAAGACUGAAGGGUCGAUAGAUAUGGUUGGAAUUCGGCGAAAUAAGGGGCAUGGUGAAGCAACGAUCUUCACUUUGCGCGAGCUUGCUGAUGCUACCAACAACUUCAGCACGGAGUGCCUUUUGGGCCGAGGAGGAUUCGGCAGUGUGUAUAAAGCAUUUCUCAAUGAUAGACAGGUUGUUGCAGUUAAACAGCUUGAUCUAAAUGGGCUUCAGGGAAACAGAGAAUUCCUUGUGGAGGUUCUCAUGCUCAGUCUCUUGCAUCAUCCUAAUUUAGUCAAGUUGUUUGGUUACUGUGUGGAUGGAGAUCAGCGCCUGCUUAUUUAUGAAUAUAUGCCAUUGGGAUCACUAGAAGACCGCCUUCACGAUCUCAGACCCGGCCAAGAACCACUAGAUUGGACAACACGGAUGAAGAUUGCUGCUGAUGCAGCUGCUGGUUUGGAGUAUCUGCAUGAUGAGGCCAUUCCAGCAGUUAUUUACCGGGAUAUUAAACCGUCAAACAUUCUUCUUGGCGAAGGGUAUAAUGCAAAGUUGUCUGACUUUGGACUUGCUAAACUUGGUCCUGUUGGUGAUAAGACUCAUGUGACAACUCGUGUCAUGGGGACACAUGGUUAUUGUGCUCCUGAGUACCUCUCGACUGGAAAGCUUACGAUCAAAUCUGACAUUUAUAGUUUUGGUGUGGUCUUUCUUGAGCUAAUUACUGGACGAAGAGCGCUUGACAGCAAUCGGCCACCUGAUGAACAAGACUUGGUUGCAUGGGCUCGUCCAUUGUUCAAAGACCAAAGGAAAUUUCCAAAGAUGGCGGACCCCUCAUUACACGGCCACUUCCCGAAAAGGGGUCUGUUCCAGGCUUUGGCUAUUGCAGCAAUGUGUCUGCAGGAGAAAGCGAAGAACCGCCCUUCCAUUAGGGAGGUUGCUGUUGCUCUCUCUUAUUUAGCAUCACAAACACAUGAAAGUCAGAACACUGCUGCUCGCCAUACCCUGCCUGGCCCUUCUGUACCAAGAGUGCUGGAUAAUCAGAUUAACCAAGACACUUCCUUGCCCAGUCAACAUGGAGUUCAUAUGCCACCGCUUGCCGGGACGGAUCACAUGGUACAAGAAGUCAAGGAGAAUUGCCGGAGCAGUUCGCAUCGACCGGGAAGGGGCAGAGUUACCCCGAACGGCGCUGAUAGAGAGCGUGCGCUUGCAGAGGCAAAUGUAUGGGUCGAGGCUUGGAGACGUCAAGAGAAGACGAGCAAAAUGCGGUAAUCAACGAAAAGCUUCUCGCUGCUAGCUUCAUUUGAUCAUAGGAACAGAAUUGACAAGGUAUGCCACAGAUUGCAUACGUUUUGAAGAAACCGCGGACCGAAUAAUAACUGUUAGAAGACGAUAGCGAAUAAUAAUGAUCAGUGAGUUCUUCUGUGGACCUACACCAGAGUGAGCGCUUGGGAGAUUUCACCGGUGAAGUCUACUAAAUUUACAUCCAGACUUGUUUCACUACAUACAUGGAUUCUUAUUUCUCAUCAUAUAGAUAAUUUAGCUUCUAUAGGUUAAAGUCGCAGGAGGGGAUAUGUACAUGUAAAUAACCCCCUCAUAACAGAAGUGGCAGAUGCAGAGCAUACAUAUAUUUCUUUUCUGUAGUUGGAUGUCUCUUGUGAAUCCAUGUACAUGAGCUGGUACCAUAAGUGCUACAGCUUAUACAUUUUUCAGAUGAUUCUUGGUGUUAACUCUCCCUUGCAA